AUCAUUUUCGUAGUAUUCUCACCAAAAAAUCAGUCUAAAAGCUGUUGAAAACUUUGUUUGUUCUAAACUUUUAACUAAUUGUUUAGUAAUCAGCUGUCAACUUCACGUCUUCAAGCAAACGCAUGUCCAUGUGCGCCUCUCACCUGUUCCGUCAAACGCCUGACUGAAGCAAAAGCAAGAAGCAACCCAGAAAAGUUCAUGGCUUUUUUGAUUAGUCAACAAACCCACCAAUUAAAUACACCGUUAAGGACAAACUGCGUGGGUUUUGAGCUCCACACUCAUGCUCUUCACACCUCAUUCUCACAACUAAUAUCAAUCAUUAGAUCUCGUAUUAAAUACCCAAAUUCCAUUCAUGUCUAUCCUCACAUCCUCAUUCUUUUUCUCCUAACUCCGGAGAUCUUUUGGGAUCUGGGUUUUGGUUUGUUUUAGGAUUCCUGGUUAAAUUCAUUGAAUACCCACAUUUGCUGUUUUUGGGUAUUCUUGUUUUUUUCAUCCAGCUGUUUGUGGGUUGUAAUUUCUUGUGAUUCCCUUUCAUGGAAUUUUCCAUUUUGGGUUUAGAAUAUUUAUUUUGAAGACCCAGCAGUAAUUUUUUAAGGUGUCUGUACCUGGGUUCUUCUUGUUUUUGUUCUUUAUUGAUUGAUUCCUUGAUGGGUAAUUCCGCAUCUUCUAUUUGUUUCAUCGUCUUCUUAUCGCUUUUACUCUGUAUUUGCUUUGCAUUUUCUUUUUCUCCUCUGGAAGAACAAGAGAGAGACAGAAUUAUUGAAUUACCUGGGCAGCCAAAGGAUGUUGGAUUUGCUCAGUACUCGGGUUAUGUGACAGUGAAUCAACAAGCUGGGAGGGCAUUGUUUUACUGGUUGAUCGAGUCACCACUGAGUCGUGUACCCGCGUCAAGACCACUGGUCUUGUGGCUCAAUGGAGGUCCUGGUUGCUCUUCUGUUGCCUAUGGAGCAGCUGAAGAGAUUGGACCUUUUCGGAUUAGGCCUGAUGGGAAGAGCCUUUACUCCAAUCCUUAUGCUUGGAACAAAUUGGUGAAUUUGCUGUUCCUCGAAUCUCCAGCCGGUGUUGGCUUCUCAUAUACGAAUACCUCAUCAGAUUUGUACACAUUUGGUGACCGGAGAACAGCUGAAGAUUCAUAUGUGUUUCUUGUCAAUUGGUUCGAAAGGUUUCCGCAGUACAAGCAUAGAGAUUUCUACAUUGCUGGAGAAAGUUACGCAGGUCAUUAUGUUCCUCAGUUGUCACAAAUUGUAUAUGAAAGAAAUAAGGGGAUUGAGAACCCCAUUAUUAAUUUCAAAGGUUUCUUGGUAGGAAAUGCUGUUACUGAUGACUACCAUGAUUUCAUUGGCACCUUUGAAUAUUGGUGGACCCAUGGUUUGAUCUCUGAUUCAACCUAUCGAAAUCUACGUCUUGCCUGUGACUUUGGAUCUUCUCAGCAUCCUUCAUUGGAAUGCACGAAUGCCCUCAGAGCUGCAGAACUGGAGCAAGGAAAUAUUGAUCCAUAUAGCAUCUUCACACCACCUUGCAAUGACACUGCAUCAUUGAGGCACAACCUAAGGGGUCAUUAUCCAUGGAUGUCCAGAGCAUAUGAUCCUUGCACUGAGAGAUAUUCGAAUGUGUAUUUCAAUCUCCCAGAAGUUCAGAAGGCAUUCCAUGCAAAUGUAACUGGAAUUUCUUACCCAUGGAAAGCAUGCAGUGAUAUUGUUGGAGAUUACUGGGCAGAUUCUCCGCUCUCUAUGCUUCCUAUAUACCGAGAACUCAUUGCUGCUGGCAUUAGGAUAUGGGUAUUCAGUGGAGACACUGAUGCAGUGGUUCCUGUAACUGCAACUCGAUACUCAAUUGAUGCCCUCAACUUACCAACUAUCACCAACUGGUACCCGUGGUAUGACAACGGAAAGGUUGGCGGGUGGAGCCAAGUAUAUAAAGGCCUAACUUUUGUAUCAGUAACCGGAGCAGGACACGAAGUUCCCCUCCACCGGCCGCGACAAGCUUUCAUUCUUUUCAGAUCAUUUCUCGAGAACAAGCCAAUGCCAAAAUAAAUCCAUUUAAACUUAUUUGAUGAAUAAUUGGGAGGUCAGGUAGAAACCAUUCAUGUAUAGUAGUAUAUAUCCAUUGCUGGGGUGGAGAGAAAGGAAAAAGAAGCAUUUCUUCUCUGCCCCUGUGGCAUGAUUUCUGAACUUACAGUUGCCUUUUGCUUUCUGGGUACAGUCUGUUUUAGUGAAAAGGAUGAGGUGAGAUUGAACUCUUGAAGUAAAACCAUUACAAUCUGAAAAGAGAUUUGUAGAAUACAUUUGCAUACAGUUCAUUCUUUAAUGGGGUUUCAAUAA